CUAUACUAUGUCUAUGUGGGUGUAUGUGUGGAGUGUGACCACAAUAAAAAAAAAAACCUUGAAUGAAAGAAAAUUAAUUAUUACACUACAGACUGGUUAAUUUAAAUGAGGAAAAACAUCUGACAUAUGACAUGAACAUCCCCGCCCCUUGCUUACGCAUUUCCCUGAACAGACUUCCUGCUUUGCUUCUAUUCUCACCUUCCACACGAAGCGUGUCCUUCGAUAAAAUGAGUUUUGUAAUAUCUAUUGUGGCUGUUUUGAUGAUAACAUCCUGUGUUAGCCCACUGGAAUAUUCUCAGAGAAAUGUUUCCUGCCAUGACAUCAAAACCCACAAUGGUUUCAAGUUCUCACAUGAAUGCUCUACUGCACUGGAGAUUUCAGCAUAUCACAAUGAGACUGCAAUUGCCACUGUUAAGAAUGACAUUUUCAAGCAUUUGCCAGCAGUGAUACACAUGGACAGCACCUCAGUUGUUACAAAAGAGUGCAGAGACCUGAAAUUAAUAUGCAUCAUUCGUAAUGGUGACAAGGUAAAAGAGAUCGUGCAGAUUUUAAAAACCACUGAAGAGAAUCCUGAUGAACCAUAUGUACCAUGGAGCACCAUCAUCUGUUUAACACUCGGUGGGGUUAUUGGGAUCACUGCUGUGCUUUCUUGCUGUUAUAUUUCUUGGAAAAAAGAAAUGAAGAAUCAGCAAGGACCAGCUACACCCUCUGGGUUUCUUAGAUACCUAGUGACUUGCUGUUUUCUCAGAAAGGGGAUUUCCCAGGGUCCAUUCUGCCCAGAGACAAGAGAAACUAGAAACCAUGCAGGAAGUGAAACCCAGGAAGACACAAAUGGUGAUUUGAGGAUUCAACCACGUGAUAUUAGCCUGAUUGAAAGAUCCUCUGCCAUUGAGUCACAUCAAAGCGGUGAAAAUGAGCAAGAUGGCACUCUUGAAGCUGUGUGUGUUCCCAGUAUUGAUUCAAAGACUGAUGGCGAGACUCCUCAUACCCAUAGUCUGGACCACAACUGGAACGACGAGGGAAUCCAGCCGACUAAAAAUGGAGGCAUAAGUGCUCCUGGUGAUAACAGAGCCUCUCAUCACCGAGCCAAGAACAGGAACUUGAGGGAUGAUCCAGGAGGAGUGAAUUACAACAAAAGAAAAGACCUUGUGCGGAUCAUGGAAGGGCACAAUGGAUGUGUUCAGUUUGACUGUGGUCCUGAGGUUCAUAAGACAGAAGGGCAACCGCUGCUGGUGAAUCGAGCUAACAUCCAAGCAUCCGACAAGACAGGUGAAGCCGUAUCUUUGGUGAACAAGCGCGACUUUGACCCAGACCAGGUCAGCAGGUGUUCUACUGUACCAGACACUGACGUGGAGUCAGCAACCAAGAUGAAGAACGAUAAAAUGCAAAAAUACUGAUAAUAAUAAUAAUAAUAAUAAUAAUAAUAAUAAUAAUAACCUAUAUCAUUAUUAUCACUCAUACAAAAUUAAGUAGUCUCACUGUCAAGGUAUUGGGUACAUUUACUGGCAGCUCCUAUAGAAUCAAGCACUUUUGUUGAAAUGAUCAGGUAACAUAUUCCUUUGAGCCAAUUAGAUUUAAAAUUAGAUGAACAUCAGUUAUUAUGUUUUCUAAUCAUUACAGCUGAUAAUUACCUGAUAUAAUGAUAACAAUAGUAAUAAUAAUAACAACACUGGGAUCUUUGUUACUGAGAAUAUUAAGUGCUUGGCUUGGCUGUUUUGGGUGAACCAAAAACAUGUCAGAAAAUGUACCCCAUACACAGUGGUGUAAUAUUAUAAAUAAUUUAAUAUCAUAAAUAAUUUAUUAUUUAUAUAUUAUAUUUAUAUUAAACAUAACAUAAUACAUAGCAUGAUUUUCUUUUCUUUUUAAGCUUUUUUAUAUAUUGGAUCAAUGUGAAGUUGGCCUGCUUUGCUCCAUUAUUGCCAUGUAAUCUAGAAACACGUUUAUUCUUAACACUCGUUUUACAACACCAUUAGCAAAAUGUUAUUCUGUAAUAGUCACAUUGCUUGUAUUAAACUGCAUUUAUUAAUUUAGAGCUCUUGUAAGUCUGAAUUUUUAUUUUAUGACUUAUAUACUCAGUUGCAUUGCUUUUGCUUUUUAUUUGAUCAAUUAAAAUAUGUUAUCAUGACAAUAAGUAUAUUAAAGUAUAUUAAAUU